UAGUCCUCUAUAAAAAAAUCGGACACUUAAUGGACAUAGUUAUUGUGACGGGGACAAUUUUAGUCCUCCGUCUGUAUUCUCCGUUAGAUGACCGUUUGAGAGGGGGCAAUUAUGUCAUUUCACGGUAACCUUCGUCUGUAUCCUCCCCUGCCCCUCUGUGUUCUCGCCGCCUUACCCACUCUUCCUCCCCCAACUUCGCCCUCUCUAUUCUCACAAAUCCCAAUCUCCCACAAAAACAAAUAUGAGCGAAGAUUCCAAGAGAAAUGAUGGCGGAGCUCUCGUGGCCAAGCCGCCCGCCGCCGACGAUCGGAAAUCUGCAUCCCUUUCGGCGUCUUCUAUUACCGUGUCCAAGAAAAUCAUCAUCAAAAGUGCCGAUAUGAAGGACGAUAUGCAGAAAGAGGCCGUCGACAUCGCUAUUGCAGCAUUUGAGAAGAACAGCGUGGAGAAGGAUGUAGCUGAGCAUAUAAAGAAGGAGUUCGAUAUGAAGCAUGGCCCAAUUUACCCGACUGCCAUGGCUGCCAGACUCGGGUCAACCACACAAACCUGAAGGAUCGACUCCAAACCCUAGAGAGCUAUUGGUGAAUCGUCCUCCUCUGUAAGAAGUGUAUCAAAUUUGUCAAUUCCGCACAAAUAUGCACCUACUGCUUUGAGGAAACCGUGAACUUGGACUAUUUCACAUGCGGCCGCUGCAAAAGGUGUAUCCCCUCUUUAACAU